GGGUCCUUUUAGCAUCGGAUGUUCGUCAGAUGAACUAGUAUUCCACCUAUAUAAGUUUAUUUAAAUGAAGUAUUAAUAAUCUAUUAAUCAUGGCAUCUGAUACAGUAAACGGAGAUUUUAACAACACAGCUGAUGCGUCGGAUAAAGAGCAUCCCCGGCUCCUCAUCCCUGAACUCUGCAAACUCUUCUAUCAGCUUGGAUGGGUGACGGGAACAGGAGGCGGAAUAAGCCUUCGACGCGGAGACCACAUCUAUAUCGCUCCCUCAGGAGUUCAGAAGGAAAGAAUACAGCCAGACGACAUGUUCGUGUGUGACGUAGAGGAGCGAGAUAUCAGCUGUCCUCCUGCAUGUAAGAAGCUGAAGAAGAGCCAGUGCACGCCACUGUUCAUGAACGCCUACACCAUGAGAGGAGCCCAGGCGGUCAUUCAUACACACUCGAAGGCGGCUGUCAUGGCCACUUUGCUGUUUCCUGGCAGAGAGUUCCGCAUCACACACCAAGAAAUGAUCAAGGGGAUUCGCAAAGGAAACUCUGGCACGAAUUACAGGUACGACGAGACCCUGGUAGUGCCCAUCAUUGAGAACACACCAGAGGAAAAGGAUCUGAAGGAGCGGAUGGCUCAGGCGAUGGAGGAGUACCCGGAUUCCUGCGCUGUGCUGGUCAGACGACAUGGAGUCUACGUGUGGGGGGAGAGCUGGGAGAAGGCCAAGACCAUGUGUGAAUGUUAUGACUACCUGUUUGACGUGGCUGUUCAGAUGAAGCAGUUUGGUUUGGACCCUGCGGCGCUGCCCACUGAAGCAUCGCCUGAUGUGACUCAGUACUGACGUCAGGACGGUGAGCCACAGACGUCUGUCGUCAACCAAAAAGAGUCGUGCUGCUUCAGAUACGAAGAUGUGGUUACACAGAUUAAGUGUAAACAUCCAGAAACCAUUAACCAGAACCAACAAACCAAUAAUCUAUGUUUUCUGUCUGUAAUUGUAUUAAAGGGGCGACACAGUGGCUCGGUGAAUAGCGCUGUCGCCUCACAGCAAGUGGGUUUCCAAGAAUAAAACGGUAUAUAUUCUACACAGAAAA